UUGGUAACGCAGAAUAUCAUUUUGUAGAAAACAGAGAGGGUGAGGUUGUGUUGUCAUUAAUGAUUCUACCCCACUUCCCCCCCCUCCCUUUUUAGCUCAGUUUGGAACUAAGCCUUUGAGAAAUCAGCAGUGAUUUAAGUUUGCUGUAGAAUUUCCAAGAGAUAAAAUAAUCCGACGGCGUUAAAGCCCGAAGUUGUUCCCGGUACACCUAAACCCGGGCAUGCACUGUAAUAAGCGCUGGGGGAAGAAAAAGUUAAAGAGAAUAGUGAAAAGGUAGACGGAGAUAAGUGCUUACGGGCACGUUUGUAACCGUAAUCGUUUAAGGAAUAACAUUAUUCCUUCACAUCGAACAAUUGUGAAGCUGAAGGGUAUGUGAAAAGCAAGCACGCCCAGAAGAAUUCAGAAUGUCACACAGUAACGGAGGCGUUGUCCUUUGGGAAGCCAGUAAGGAGAGAUCCGAUUGUUCGAAGAAUAGACCUGAUUCGAAGCGAGUCAGUCAUCGCUGGCACAGGCGUGGAAGGGCAGAAUGUCGCAGAACAGGCAGGGUUUUUGGCCGUGGCCAUCAACGCCAGUCGACUGUACCCCAAGGGGUGAGAUUGCGCCCAGUUAAUGUCCACGGCAAUCGGGCACCAGGCAUGAGGGCACCCAGAAAUACCAACCAGUUCCUGAUGCACGAGAAAUACCAACUGAUGCAUAUGAGGUCCGACUCGACCGGGAGUGACAGUGGCUCAGAGAUCGAGCUAGACAUGGACAUUGACUCGUAUCUGGGUGUGUUAGAGAACUCCCGAGGCGCUCUGGACUGCACCAUGUCUCCCUUGUGUGAUGAUAACCUGUUGCGCUUUAGAUUCUUUGAGCAAAUAGAUCACGAUGAGAGUUUGCAGUAUUUUCCAUCAGAGGACGAUGUGGUGAAAAGCGAACGUUUUAUGCGACGGGACUUUGCUGCAUUCUGCAGUACGUUUGAUGUAGAUUAAUUUCAAUGUUAUUACAUUGAAGUUGUUUUGAGGCGAGCUGAUCGGGGCGGGGAGAAUGUGGUGCUGUAAAUUAGACCAAUCGAGUUUGCCUGUGACUACCCCCUACAAACUGUUUUAAUGAUCGAUAAAUAUUUUGUCAAUAAACUUUUAUUUAGUUUA